UCUCUAUCAUUCAGAUAGAUGGCGUUGAUGGCAAUCUGAUAUUGUUCUCCAACCCCGCUCAUCCAUCCGCCUGACCUACACCAACUUAAAAAACCUGCCCCACCAACGCCACUAAAACUUUGUGCCCUUCCCAGCUCCAACGCAACAUUGCCCAUAGCCUACGUCGCGUCCUGACUUCACAACACCGAUAUGCUUCCUCGAUGACCCAUCCCAACUUCUCAAAGCCUGCGUACACCACAACCCGGACGAUGCCCCCACGCCCAUAACCUCCCCUACACACGUCGAAGAGAGAGAGAGAGAGAGAACCGUCGCCAUGGCCCGCGACACCCCCACCCCAGUCCACACAAACGCCUACACGGUCCUCGCCCUCCCAAACCCGGCAGGCAAAGCCGUCAUAACAGCCGCGGAGAUCAGGAGAGCGUACCGCCGCGCGCUGCUGCGAUGGCAUCCGGACAAAGCCGUGUCCGCAUCGAGCUCUAGCGACACGGCUGCGGCUGCGGCUGCUCCGAACGGUGCGAAGAAGAACAGGCAUGGAAAUGGAGCGAGGGAGGAGGAGGAGGAGGAGGAGGAGAAGAAGAAGAAGAAGAAGAAGAAGAAGGAAGCAGAGGCAGGGUAUUCGGUCGACGACAUCACGGCCGCGUACCGCACGCUCGCGGACCCGCAGCUCCGCCGCGCCCUCGAUUUGUGUCUUGCGACGCAUCACUCGGCCCAGCCGCUGGGCGCGAGUGGGCGCGGGCCGGGGGAGAGGACGUGGUUGUCUGGGUUGGAGCUUGUGGAUUUGGAUGAUCUUGUGUUUGAGGAGGGAGGGAAGGGGAGCGGAGCGGUGUGGUAUAAGAGCUGUAGGUGUGGGAGCAAGCGGGGGUUUGUGGUGAGGGAGGCGGAGUUGGAGGAGGCGCUGGAGGAGAAUGAAGGCCAUGGGGGGAAGGGAGGGGAGGUGCUGGUGGGUUGUGGGGGGUGUAGUUUGUGGAUUCGGGUCGGGUUUGGGGUUGUGGAGGGAUGAUGGAGGGGGGAUAUCGUUGGAAUUAGAGGAAGGGUAGCUUUUUGAGCAUUGAAUUCCUUGUGUGCUUUGAAGAGCUCAAAGUGUUAGGCAAGGCGAACGAAGAAUACGUACAAAGUGAUGGAGAUCCAA